UCUGACCUGCAGGGCCUGCACUCUCCUCUCUGGACUCUGAAGUCUUCAGAGCAGGCGGCAUGAGGUCCACCCUGCCUGUCCUCCUCUGCCUCGGUCUGAGUCUGCAACAGAGCCCCCGGGUGUCUUCAGGGACCCUCCCUAAGCCCAACCUGUGGGCGGAACCAGGCCCUGUCAUUCCCCGUGGAAGGUCAGUGACCCUCUGGUGUCAGGGAUCGCUGGACGCCAAGUGGAACUGUCUCAUUAAGGAAAAACCCUGGAGACCCACAUGCAGAAGACCCUUACAGGGUCCAGGGAACAGGGCCAUGUUCCCCAUCCCCACCAUGACUGCGCAGGAUGCAGGAGGGUAUCAAUGCUACUAUCAGAGCCCUGCUGGCUCCUCACAGAACAGUGAACGCCUAGAGCUGGUGGUGACAGGAUUCUACAGCAAACCCAGCCUCUCAGCCCUGCCCAGCCCUGUGGUGACCUCAGGAGGGAAGGUGACCCUCCAGUGUGGCUCAUGGAAGGAAUUUGACAGCUUUAUUUUGAUGAAGGAAGGAGAACACCACCUCAACUGGACCCUGGACUCACAGCAAAAACCCAGUGGGCAGUUCCAGGCCCAGUUCCCAGUGGGUCCUGUUAAUCCCACCCACAGGUGGACAUUCGCAUGUUAUGGCUAUGAUAGGAGCAAACCCCAGGUGUGGUCAGAACCCAGUGACCCCCUGGACCUCCUGGUCUCAGGACAGCUCCCUGUCACACCCUCCCUCUCAGUGCAGCCUGGUCCCACAGUGUCCUCAGGGGAGAACGUGACCCUGCUGUGUCAGUCACAGAUCAAGAUGGACACUUUCCUCCUGUGCAAGGAGGGGGCAGCUGAUCCCCCCCUGCGUCUGAGAGCAGAGUACCGAGCCCCAUGGCACCAGGCAGAGUUCUCCAUGAGAGCUGUGACCCCAGCCCUCGGGGGGACCUACAGGUGCUAUGGCUCUCACAGCUCAUCCCCCUACCUGCUGUCACGGCCCAGUGCCCCCCUGGACCUGGGGGUCUCAGGACCCUCUGGGGGACCCAGCCCCCCACCCUCAGGACCCAGGUCACCAGCUGGAGGCCCUGAGGACCAGCCCCUCACCCCCACGGACCCAGGACCCCAGAGUGGACUGGGAAGGCACCUGCCGAUUCUGGUGGGGGUCUCGGUUCCCCUCCUCCUGCUGCUCCUCUUCCUCCUCCUGGGACACCAGUGUCGGGGACAAUGCAGGAAGGCAGGGCUCAGCACUGCUGUCACCUCCCCAGAGGCCACCCAAGGCCACCAGGUGACCCGUCCUCUCCCCCGCCCUCCUCUCUGUGCCCGCUGCCCUCCUCUCUCCUCCCAGCUGAUUGUGCUGAUGGGCUCUGGUCGGCCUCCUGCCCUGAGUCCUGGGCGCUGGCCUCUCUCCUCUGCCUCCUCCCCUGCUGAGCUCACGGCCCCUGCUCCUGAGUAGGAGGUGGACCUGGCCACAGCCCUGCCCUGCACUGGCCCCUCCCAGCCACACAGAUGGCCGACUCCUGGGGUUUGCUGUUGGCAAGGCUCUACUGGGGUCUGGGGACAGCAGUAGCAAACACAGUCUGGUGCUCAGACACAGGACAGCCCCAGGACAGACAGACGGGGCAGAGGCAGACAGGCGUGGGGAGACCAGGCAGGGAGAGGGCUGUGAACCCAGGACAGAGCCAGGUGGGCGGAGGGCCAUGGGCAGGAGCAGGAGGGGUAACUGGACAGUCAAGGAGGGUUCCCUGGGGGGACCCUGGACAGAGCCCUCACCACAGGGACAGGCCUGAGAGCAUCUCAGGAAGAGGGUCCUGCCAAGGAAGCAGCAGUGUGAGGCCAGUGGGCACAGGCUGACCUGUCCAGCAGGCACGAGUCCAGGUGGCUGAAGGUGAUGCAGGAGGAGCAGGUGUGACAGGUGGCAGGACAGAGGUGGGCAAGGCUUGGUCCUGCAGGUGCCUCUGCUCUGGCAGAGCCUGAGAAGCCCCUGGAAGUUCUGCUGGGCGUGGAGAGCUGACUGCUGGCUGCAGGUCCCUCCAGCUCCCUGUGGGAGGUGAGGGGCAUCAGCCAGAGUGGACUCAGGAAUCACCUGCCUCUGUCCUCUCCAUAGAGCCCUGUAGAUGAAGACCCCUGGGCUGUCACCUGUGCCCAGAAUCAGGGCCAUUGUGGAGUGUCCACUUAUCCCCUGAGUCAAGGCCAUUCCUGGUCAUGAAGGACACAUUAGAGGGAGAGGACAGCCUGAAGGGUGUCAUGUGGGUCCUGUACCCUCCAGGGCCCAGGCUCCCC